GCCCGGCAGCAGCUUCCGGGAGCGAGGAUGGCGGCCGAUGCGAGCGCCGUUGCAGCCAUUGAUGCGGCAGAGAAAGCGCGAGGGAAGUAUGCUGCUCUCUCCUUCGCCGCCAUUGCCAUCGUGGUGGGGCUUCCGCUCUGGUGGAAGACGACAGAGACCUACCGCGCUUCGCUGCCUUACUCGGAGAUUGCUGAGCUGGACACGCUUCUGUUCCAGCUGACGGUGCCCGUCUCGGUGGUGUUUGCCAAGGGGACCCUUCCAGGGGAUCUGGAGCGGAAAUUGCCCUUUAGGAAACCGCAGGAGGCCGAGAUCCCCUUGAACCCCAAGACCAGCGUGACGUCCCGCUAUGAGGUUUCCUACCGCCGAGCCACUUCUCAGGAGGAGAAGACUCUGUCCCGGGCCUCGGUGCCAGAGGCGGGUGAGGGGCUCCUUCCAGCGCAGGAGGCGGCUGUGGGCUCCCUCACCAUCUACGUGAUCCCGAGGAACUCUGUUCUCCUGCCACAGGAGGUCACCGUCUACAUCGGCAAGCGGCGCAGCGCGGUGGUGCGGGCCCCUCGGGGCUCGGGAGACGUCCUGGCAGCUGUGGACGCCCAGGUCCGAGAAGUCACCCGUGCCGUUUCCUUCAGCCUGGACUCCAUCGCAGAGGCCCUCUCUGACCGCGUUCCCCUCGGCCAGCUGGGCGCAGAGUGGAAGCGCCCUUUCAAAUCCAGUCUGGGAUACGAGGUCACCUUCAGCCUGCUGAACCCCGACCCGAGAGCCCACAGCGUCCACUGGGACAUCGAGGGGGCCAUCCAUCGCUACGUGGACCCCCUCCUGGGGAAGCUGAGUGCGCUGGCCGAGUUCUCUGUGGACUCUCAGAUCCUCUACUACGCCGCCCUGGGCGUCACGCCCCGCUUUGACGCUGCUUCCUCCAGCUACAUCCUGAGCGCCCACAGCCUCCCGCACGUCAUUAACCCCGUGGAAGCCAGGCUGGGUUCCAGCGCCUCUUCGCUCUACCCGGUCCUCAAUUUCCUGCUCUACGUGCCAGAGCGCCUGCACUCGCCCCUCUAUAUCCAGGACAAGGACGGUGCUUCGGUCCCCACCAACGCUUUCCACAGCCCCCGCUGGGGUGGGAUCAUGGUGUACAACGUGGAGCGUGAGACGGCCAACGAGACCUCCGUCCCGAGGAGGGUGGAUGUCGACAUGACACGGGUCAUGGAGGUGUUUCUGGCGCAGCUGCGCUUGCUGUUUGGGAUCCUGCCGGGUCCCCUGCCGGAGGGGGCCAUCCUCGAAAGCCCCGGGAACGAGGGUCUCUCCGACUGGGAGCUGGACCGCCUGCUGUGGGCUCGGACGGUGGAGAAUGUGGCCACCGUCUCCACCACCCUGACCUCCCUGGCUCAGCUGCUGGGCAAGAUCAGCAACAUUGUCAUCAAGGACGACGUGGCUUCCAAGGUGUACCACGCUGUGGCAUUUGCCCAGGAGGCGCUGGCCGAGCUCAGCCAGGGGCGCCUGGACUCUGCCUUCCAGGCCAGCAAGGCGGCCAUCAACGCCUCGGAGAGGGCCUUUUUCGACCCUUCCCUCCUCCACCUCCUCUACUUCCCCGACGACCAGAAGUUCGCCAUCUACAUCCCCCUCUUCCUGCCCAUGGCCGUCCCCAUUCUGCUGUCCCUGGUGAAGAUCGGCCGGGAGAUGAGGCACAGCAAGAAAGCCGCAAUCAAAGUGGACUGAGGCACAUGGAGUUGGGAUGGAGGGCAGUGCGGGGCCAGAGAGGGCACCUGGGGUCUGGAUGCAACCCUCUCUCUCUUCCUGGGAUGGGGCCCCGUCCUCCUCUUGAUCUGAGUUUCCCUCUGUGCUGUGUUGGAGAGUUUGUAGCAGCUGACCUCCACCGCCCUCCCUGCGAGGUCGGCCACUGGAUUCAAAGGGUGCUGCCAAGACUGUGAUGGGACCGUCCAAAGAAGAGCGCUGCGCCAUUUUGGAUAUUAUUAUUGCCAUUGAAAACAAGUUCCAUUGUUUUAUAUAGAAAACCAACCGAAAAGCGGAAAACCGAAAUUCAUAAUCGCGUCCCGCCAGCAGCCAGCUACCCCAUCCAGACUCUCUUCAGCCUACAAUAUUGUCUUCACUCUUUGCAAAGUCCACACACACAAAAAAAACCAGGCGCCCGCAACAUAAAUUAUUAUAAAUUUGUACAUUUGGAUAUAAGGAGUUUAAAUGUGGCAAAAACGUCUUAGGCAGGGAACAAAUGAAGAAAUGAGAAGUUUUGAGAAAACCACAAGCCAACGGCGAAUAAAUGAUGUGCGAUGAAA